AUGGAAUUGAUCUUGUGUUCUAGGGUUCAAGAGAAGCUUGUACGGGUAAAAUCUCAAGGAUUUAAACCAAGGCUAAAAAAGGGUGACCAAGUGCUCUCUGGUUUCUCCAUGGAGAGACGCAAGAAAAGCAACCCAAAGCCAACUACUAAAUCGAUGGUGGCUGUAUCUCCAGUGGUCCAGGCGGUUGGAAGUCAGCAGUCUGAAGUCGAGGAAGCUAUUCUGAAGGAGAUGGAAGAAGUUUUCACUAAUUCGAUGUUAGAGUUUCCUGAAUUUGGAUUUCAAGGUCCUUUUGACUUUGAUGAAACACCUGUAGGCGGUAGGAAAGUAGACGAUGUAGAUGAGGAGAUGACUGAGAAUGCAGGUAAUUUUCAAAGCCAGGCAAGGGAUAAAUGGUCUCAGUUCAGAGCUUUGCUUCCUAAUCAAGGAGGGGCAAAACUCAGAUUCGAGGAACUAAUUGUUCAAGAGGGCCAACGAAUUGCUCAAGUUGAUUUGGAUGAGGUCCAAACUAAAAGUUUCAUCAAAAGGAUAUGGGGUAAGCUUGGCAUUGAGAGAAUUGCUAGGUUGAAUAAUGGGUUCACACUUGUUAAUUUUCGUGAUGAAGUCACUAGGAAUCUGGUUUUGGAAGCUGGGGUGUUACAUUUUGACAGAAAACCAAUGAUAGUGAAGCCUUGGUCUACUGAUUUGGACAUUAUGAAGGCAGUGAAGUCAGUUCCUGUAUGGAUUAGAUUGCCAGGUCUUGGGCUGCAAUAUUGGGGCACUAAGUGCUUGAGUGCUAUUAUGAGCACGAUUGGGGUUCCGAUCUUGGUAGAUAAAGUUACGAAGGAUAGAUCUAUGAUGCAGUUUGCUAGAGUUUUGGUGGAGAUAGAACUUUCGGAGGACCUCCCUAAAUCGGUUCAAUUUCACAAUGAGAAAGGGCAGUUAAUAGAGCAAUUUCUGGAGUUUGAGUGGCUUCCUACCCAGUGUAGGGGCUGUAAAGUUUAUGGCCACACUGAAAGAAUGUGUAACAAGAAGCCAGCGGAGACUUGGAGGAAAAAAACCAGAGUUGGGGAGGAGGAGGACAGGCAAGUCCCUAUGGAUCAGACGAUUGUUGCAGAGAUCAAUGAGGCAGUGAUUCCUGAGACUGGGCCUAUUGUUGCAGUGAAUGAGAAUGAGUCUCGGACACCAGUUGAAGGAGGUAUUUCGGACUGGGUUACCCCUAAACGAGUUGAUGGGAAUAAGAAGGCUAUCCAUAGGGCAAAGAACACUUUGAAGAAUUCCUAUAGUGCUUUGCAAGAUAAGGUUAUAGAGGUUGAAAAUUUGGGAUUAACAUCAACAAGUGCCUUGUUGGAGACCAAACUUCGGGGUGAUAAGAUUAAGAAGAUGAUGCAUUCUUUUUUCAGUGGCUGGAGGUUUUAUUCUGGUUCAGUUUCUGAAGGCAGAUUAUUGCUUUUUUGGCAGCAAAACUUGGUGUUUGUAGAUGUUCUGAAAGAAACAGACCAAUUACUUCAUGCUUAUGUCAAGAGUAUAAAGACUAAUAAAUCAUUUUGUGUGACGUUUGUUUAUGGUAGAAAUUCAAUUGAGGAAAGAGUGGCUCUUUGGAGAGAUUUGACUAAUCUGAGUUUUCCAGCUGCUGCAUGGCUGUUAACUGGAGAUUUUAAUGCUGUUUUUGAGAGUGCGAACAGAGUGGGUGGUCAUGCUAUAUCUUCCCUUGAAUUAUCUGAUGCUCAAAAUUGGAGGGCCUUGGGGUUAGUUGAUGAAUUGCGUGCUAGAGGGUCUCAUUUUACUUGGACUAAUAAACAGGCGAAUGAUGGCCGAAUUUUCUCGAGAUUGGAUAGAGUUUUUAAGAAUGAAGAUUGGUUGGACAUUUUCCCUCAUUCUGAGGCUGUUUUCAACUGGGAACUUCACUCUGGCCAUUGCUAUUGCAUUAUCAAACCAGAAGUUUCUGUUAACUGUGGUGUUAGACUUUUCAGGCAUAUUAUGGGGGAUGUUGCCCAGAAUUAUACAGUGGCUAAGGAGAAGUUUCAGGCUGCCCAACUAUCCUUGCAGGGUGACCCUCAUUCGGUUAGUCUUCAAAGACUUGAAGCUGCUGCUGGUGAUAAACUGGAGUACCAUGCCAGAAUUUAUGAGAGUUUCCUGAGACAGAAAAGUAAAGUGGACUGGCUGCGGUCUGGUGAUGACAACACGGCUUAUUUUCACGCUUGUUUAAAGCAAAGGAGAGCCUCUAAUUGUAUCACGUCUAUUGUAACUGAAACUGGUCAGAGUAUUGAAAAUUUUGAUGCUGUUGUUGAUCAUUUUGUGAAUCAUUUCCAGAAAAUUAUGGGAAGCAAGAGCAUGGCCUCUAGAUCUAUUCAGAAAUCCUGUUUUGAUCUCGGUCAUAAACUGACCCUGGAACAGCAAGUUAGCUUAGUAAAGCCAUUCUCUACCAAGGAAGUUAAAGAUGCGUUUUUUAGCAUUAACUCUAUUAAAAUUCUGAGGCCUGAUGGGUUUGGCUCGGGCUUUUUCAAAGCACUUUGGAGCAAUUUAGAGACUGAAAUCUCAGCAGCUAUUCUGGAUUUCUUUGAGUGUGGUGUUUUGCCAGAGGAAAUUAAUAAGGCUACUAUUUCCUUAAUCCCUAAAAUUGAGACUCCUUCUCGGGCAGCGGAUUAUAGGCCUAUUGCUUGUUGUAAUUCUAUUUACAAAUGCAUUUCUAAAAUGCUUUGUAGUAGAUUGGCAUCGGUGCUUCCAAGUUUGGUCAAUCAAAAUCAAGGAGCCUUUGUUAAAAACAGGUUAUUGGCGCAUAAUAUUCUUAUUCUUCAGGAUGUUAUUAAAGGCUAUAAGAGGAAAAAUAUUUGCCUUAGGUGUGUUUUGAAGAUUGAUUUGAGCAAAGCCUAUGAUAUGUUAGAUUGGAAUUUUUUGGAGGAUAUUCUCACUGAAUUUUGUUUUCCGGCUAAAUUCAUCAAGUGGCUCAUGGCUUGCUUGAAGGAUCCAACCUAUUUAAUUCUUAUGAAUGGAAAGGUUCAAGGGGAAUUCAGAGGUCGGAAGGGGCUAAGGCAAGGGGACACGAUUUCUCCUUUAUUAUUUGUUUUAGCCAUGGAAUACUGUACCCGAUUAUUUCAGCAAGCUUCCAUGGCCAAGGGGUACCGGUUUCAUCCUAAAUGUAAGCACCUUAAAAUUGUCAAUCUCUGUUUCGCAGAUGACUUGGUCAUUUUUUGCAAGGGGGUCCAUAAUUCGGUUCAGAUUAUAAGGGAGAGUUUUAAUGAUUUCUGUUGUGCUUCUGGUUUGACUGCCAACAAGGACAAAUCUCAGGUUUAUUUUGGUGGUGUGUCUGAAAAAGAGACUCAAAAAUUUCUUGAGGGGCUCCAAUUCACUGAAGAUCCAGUCCAAAUUACAUACUUGGGCGAGUCGGCAUCUUUCUUUUGUGGGGAGGGCACAACUAAUCAACUCGGUGCUUUUGAGUAUAAGAACUUUUGGAUGAGUAUCUUCAUCCUCCCUAAGAGUGUCACCAAGGAGGUUGAUCGGCUAUGCAGGAAUUUCCUUCGGGGAGUUAGGGACAGUAACUUUCAGCGGAGUAAAAUGCACUUUACUGCCUGGGAUCAGGUUUGCCUGCCUAAAUGUAUGGGUGGUCUUGGCUUCAAGGAUAGCUGUACUUGGAAUAUAGUGCUUCUGGCCAAAUAUGUUUGGGCAGUAUCUUCUAAGCAUGAUACUCUGCUCAUUAACAAGGACAGAGUCUUCUAUGCGAAUGUGGUUUGGAACUCCUUGACUGUGCCUAAGCACAGAUUCAUUUUACGGCAGGCUACCUUGGGCCAUCUGUUGACUCGAGAUAAACUCAGUCUUUGUCAUUUGGAGCUUCCUUCUGUGCUCUGUCUGGUUAGAUCCCAGGUGGAGAGUUGGCUGGGUAGGGGUAUUUGGCCGAUUCAUUUUGCUGGGUGGUGUUCUUGGAUGGCUGGUAAGCCGAAGGGUCUGAAGCAAGCUGUAUUGUCUGCUGCCUUAGCAGCUUCGGUUUACAUGGUUUGGAGGAAUAGGAACAAUUGUAUUUUUAAGUUUAGCUCAUUUUCUGUGGGCUUUGUUACUAAUUUGAUCAAAUACUUUGUGAGGGGUAGGCUUCUUUAUCAUUCUAAGAAGAAUAUUAGGAAAAAGGAUCUAGCUUUUUUUGAUAGAGUUGUUCAGAUGUAA